AGAGCGCAGACUCUGAUGUCGACGUCUGGGCCUGUUGUGGGGGCCGAAGUGAUGAAGAAGGGAGACCAUGGACAUGGACAAAGUGACGAAGAUGGACACAAUGAGUCUCUUGGCUCGCACUUUGGACACAUGAUGAAGGCCUUUGUGGGUGCCAACUACCUCUCCAUCCCCUACGCGGUCAAGUGCGCCGGACUAGGCGUCGGCCUGGUUGGUCUGGGCAUCAUUGGAGCACUCACAGGCUACUGCUGCAUGCUUCUUAUCGAGUGCAAGCGAAAGCUCGAAGCUCGUCGUGCUGGAGGUGGUGCUGUGAGCUAUGGCGACAUUGCCGCCACCGUGUAUGGCCCCACAGGGAGGCUGGUCGUCGACUCGGCCGUGGUCAUCACUCAGCUCGGCUUUGCAUCGGAUACUUUAUCUUUGUCUCGAGCAACGCCGCCAUGGUCUUUGGCCACGAGUCACACGCCUGGUUCUUUCUCGUUGCCAUGGUUCCAGGUGUGCUCCUCCUCUCGCUCAUCCAGGACAUGUCCAAGUUGGUACCCUUUUCGCUCGCCGCCGAUGCUGUCCUCCUCUUUGGCUUUGUUGUCAUCACAGCCCGCGCUUUGGACCAGAUGGCCUUUGCCCCGCCACCUGAUGGCGAUGUGGUCCUUGCCAACUGGUCGUCGUUUGCGCUUUUCUUUGGCGUCGUCGUCUCGGGCUUUGAGGGCAUCGCCCUCGUCGUGCCCAUGGAGUCCAACAUGGGUCUCGCCCCGGCGACCUUUACACGCCUUCUCACCCUUUGCAUCGUCGUUGUCUCGCUCAUCUUUAUGCUUUUUGGCGUUCUCGGCUACCUUGCCUUUGGCUCGGCUGUCGAGGACGUGCUCACUCUCAACAUAGAGCCGACGCCGCUGCUCAAUGUCGUCACGCUCUGCAUUUGCCUUGGCGUCGUCUUCACCUACCCGCUGCAGCUCUUUCCGGUCAUCGACAUUGUCGCCGAGGCCACCGGCUCGAACGCACCUGCACACCGCAAGGCCAUCGCCACCGCACUUGUGGCCACAACCGCUCUCAUCGCCUACAUCCUACCGCGCUUUGGCCUCCUCCUCUCGCUCAUUGGCAACGUCGGCUCGGCCACUCUCUCGUUCAUCCUCCCCGCCCUCCUCCAUCUUCACUUUUUCCGCAAGGAGCCAGCCUCCAACUUUGUCCCGCAAGGCUUCCGCUACGCCAUCGUCGCCUUUGGCGUCACAGGCGGCGCCCUCGGCACCUUUGUCUCGCUCCACGCCAUCUGCGUCGAGGUCUUUGGCUGGGGCGCCGGCCACUCGGCAUCAGCUCACGUGUGAAGACGUGAGCAUCACUCAAUGAAUGUGCCUUGUCGAACCAUGA